AUCUCUAUCGCAAACCGAACAGAACAUAAUAGGUAUUGGCACGAUUAUUAUUGGUUUGUUUAUAUAUAAUUGAAUGCCAAAAAUCAGAUCAAUAAUAGUGCUAUCAAGAAAAAUUAUUGAGUGAGUGUAAAAAUAUUACUCUAGCCGAGUUGACAACGUAACAAUAAUAAUAAGCGUUGCCUUGAAGCCAAUGUCAAUGGCAAUGACUUGCAGCAAGGUCGGUUGGUGUUUCGUCUGUUAGAAGUACAACUAGGAAAUCAUAAUGGUCUAGAAAUAGAUAUAGAAAAGCAUUCAGUGAUUUCGGUGUUGGUGCAAACGUUCUUCUUGUGUUAUUUUUGGAUUACCAUACAGAUUCGACGAGAAUUUAUUGCGCAAUUUAGGUAAACCAAAAUGCAGAAACAUAUUUCCGCUACCACUCUCGCCCUACUUAAAUGUGAUCUAUGCCACGGAUAUCUAUCGGUACCACCGAUUUCUUCCUACAAGGAGAAAAACGCCUGCGGCCGAUGCAACCCGGAAUGGGAGAGGAAUACCAUAUACGAACAACUAGCAAAAUACAUGGAAUUCCCAUGCAUGUUCUGCGACGAAAGGUAUCCUUGGGGUAUGGUACAAAACCACGAAAAAAAGUGUAAAGCAAAUCGCUUUCUAUGUCCGCCGAAAAAAGAAAAUUUGUAUAAAAUCAACGUUUUUAAAAGUCAACAAGGAGAAUUCCACAAGGACUGUCAAAGGAUCAUAAGAUGCCCAUUCGAACUGUGCUUGAUGACUUUCGAUAUUCGAGAUAUCGUGCAUCAUUUCAACAAGCAUCACAAAGAAUACGUUUUCACCAAUACCGUAGAGGCUAAUAAGAUAUUUAAAGAGGAGAAAGUUUGGAACUUCAAUUCGGAUACUCAAGUUUGCGUUAUAAUAUUUAAUACAAUUCCGUUCUUACUCUUUAUUCAUAACGACUGCAAUUUUAACGAUUCUACGGGUGAUAUACUUUACUAUAACUACUAUUUCAGCGUGUUCACAUUCUGUUUGGAAGGUUGCAGUAAUAUCAAUUACUCCGUAUCGUUACAAUCUUCAUCGAGCGACAUAAUUCCGUGUACCACUAAAAAGAAAAACCAAACAAUCCAGACAUUCAACGACAAAAUUCACAGCGUCAAUUUUUUGCGCGGUGACUUGUUUAAAUUGAACAGUUUCGAUUUCAUGACGACCAAAAUAUCUCAAAUUGAAAGGAUUGAAAAUUUAGUUUUAAGGUACGAUAUCAAAAUGGUCGAUAACAAUUUGCUGAUAAUUCCAGAGAAAAAUAAAGAAUCGAUCGUUUUCGAUUUAAUAGGCAUCGAAAAACAUUUCGAAUGUCCGAUUUGUAAGGAGUAUAUGAGUCCGCCUAUUUACAAUUGCAAUAUCGGGCAUUCCAUUUGCAGAAUUUGUAGAGAAAAAUUGUCUAUAUGUCCUUAUUGUCAGGCUAUAAUCGGAUAUUCUAGGAACUUUAUUUUGGAAGAUAUUCUAGAAACGUUGUUUCUUAAGUGUCAUAAUGAAUGUAAAGGUUGUAAUUUUACGGGUAGAGUACAGGAUAUAAAACUACACGAACUCGCUUGUAAUUAUAAUUAAAUGUAAUUUACGAAAUGCUAAAUUAUUUGAAACAUAUUUAUACGCUUUAAAACAAAAUAAACUUUUAUACAAACA